AUGUCCGGUCGUUUCCUCUUUAUUUUUUCCCUUUUUCCCUUAAUUUUUUCACGCAAUUUUCAAGCAGUUCGAUUGGAUACCGAGUGUAAUAUCAGGGUUAAAGACGCUUCUUCCUCUCCUGUAGAUGGGUAAAUUGGCAUUUAAAGUCAUCAUAAGCGUCUAUAUUGUACUUGGUGUCAAAGAAAAUUUAUUUUCAGAGACUGCCGCGAUGCCAAAGUGACUUUUAUUAACCAUGGGCGUUACACGAACACCUGGCUGAUUGUCAAAAUAACAGGCCCGACCAGUAUUGUCUACGGAACGGUCAAUUUCGACAAGUUCAGACCGGGAAAAGUGCGGAUGGACAAGAUGGAUCUUGCACAUGGUCAGUUGAUUUUUUUAAACUGUUAUUUUAUUUUUAUUUCUAGCCUUAGGCGACUGCAGAUUCGAUCCCAAAUUCUUUACAUUUUUUGUGGACGAGUCGACGCUUUACCUUCUGGUUAAGUGUGGAGAGUCCUACGGUCUUCUGAGGAGUUUUAUUUUCAAAAAAUUCAUCAUCCACACCGUCGGCCGGCCAAUAAUUCCAGUUCAGUUUCGAAAAACGGGACUUAUUCUUGGAAUUGGACUUCCAUAUGGGCCAGAACAAGUGUGAGUUGAAGACUUCUUGAAAACAAAAUAUUUUCUAUCGGUCUGUCGGGAAAAUAACGGCGGAUCGUCGCGCUUCGGAAUCGCUCAUCAUCGCUUUGCGACUGCAAGCCGCGACUUGGGAUUUGGUGCGCGAUACCGGCGAGGCGAGACAUUUUGCUGCGACGAUCCGCCGUUAUUUUUCCGACAGACUGAUAAAGUACGCAAAAAUGAUGACAAUUCUUAAUUUAGCGAGUUUGGCAAGAAGGAGACGUAUUUGUUGACGGCAAUUUCCGGAGGAGAGCCAACCGAUGUGACCUUUCUGCACGAUCUGAAUCAACCAGUCGAAGAACCGGAGUAAGUCGGAGAUUAAGGAGAAAUUGUGGGCUAUUCAAAUUAAUGAUGGGUAAAAAAGAUUUUUGAUUUAAUAAUUACCUGAUCGUCUCGCUUUAAGAAUGCUGACUUAUAGGUUUGGAGCAGCAGAAGAUGACUUUAAUUUUGGUUUAUUGUAACAUGAUAUUUUGAUCUCAGGAUAAACUUGAAGAGGAUAAAAUAAAGUAGCUAGCGAGAGCGGGCCAAAACGGGUCGAUAAUAUAUGAUAUGUAUUUAUAUUCCAGCGAGUUCUUUCGAUUGGAAGGAGAUGCACACCAACUUGUGAAUAUUGUUGAGCUUGACGGAGGGCAACAACUGCCAGUUGUAUCUUUUAAAAAGGACCAACAGACCCUCUUCAAAUGGGCCAAGGGAAAAACACGUAAGAUCAUGUUUUAUAUAUUUUUUUGUGCCCCGAGAUACAUAUAUGUAUACGUACACUGACCUAAGAUCUAUCUACAUUUACAGUCUGUGAGCCCAUCAAACAUCAGGGUGCUGACUAUUCCAUUUAUGGAUGUAUGAAUGUCAGAGCGGCAGCUGAAACUGAGACUGUCGAGUCCUUCAGAUGGGUCAACGAUCUCGACGAUUUGGGAUUCGAGUUUCUGGGAAGAGGUUCGGUAAGAAAAUGAGGUCAUUAAAGCACAUCUUUAAUCAUAAUUUAAUGUUAUUUUAUAGGACCUAUCCAUCUACAAGAAACGAGACAUCAUCAAUUGCAAAAAAUCCAGUCAGCGGUGAGAAAUCAGGAUCAAGUUUUAGAAGUUUUUAUUUAGAAAAAACAACUUUAUCACCCUGUUUUUCUUCACAAUCACCUUCGAAAUGUGGAAUUUUACGGUUGUGAUUACGUUAUUUUACUGCGGCAGAUCGAUCCAUAAGAGGAAACAGGCCAAAAGACGUAAGAAAUUUAUAGUUCCGGCCAGUCAAAUCUUUUGUCGAUUAAUUUUUGAUGACAUUUUAGGUGCCCAACGAGUCAAAAAAGCUGCGAAAAGAGCCCGAGAACGGAGGGAAAGACAAAAAAUGUAUGAGCAAAGCGACAAAGAGACCGAAAUGAUGCCACCGGAAUAA